AUUUUCAGUUGCACUUCAAGCCUCAAUAUCAAUAGGUUUAUGAAUUGCUUUUUAAAAUGAUUAAUUAAAUGUUUUUUAAAGAGCUUGCCAAUUGAUAGAACUACUUCCUCUCAAGAUAAGAUUAUUUUAUUAAAUAAUACUAGUAAAAAUGUAUAUUUUAGCUUUCCGUGAAUUUUUGGAGGAUUUUUAGGGACUUCUAAAUAAUUUGUAGGACCAGAGCCUUUCUAGAAGUCGUCUGAUGCAACCAGAAGCACAUGGAAAUCAGCAUUAGCAAUCGAGAGACCGGGAGCUACACUGAGAGACAUGGGCAGAUGGAGAGGGUUGCCUGCUCGGAGAGCAACAGGUGGGAGAGCUGAGGCUAUAAAAAGGCAAGCCUCGAGAGCUCCGAAGCAACAGUCAGCUAGAUAUUCGCAACGAGGCUACAUUAUUUGGAUACUUAAAUCAAAUAAAAUAACAGAACAAUGUGCGGCAUUUUUGCAAUAUUUUCCCGGGAUGGAGAACCUAUUCCCCCGCAAUUUCUCAACGGCAGCAAGCACAGCCUUCGGGAACUGGCUUAUAGGCAGAGUGGAAAACAACGGCAUCGUGGUCCCGACUCCACAGGCGUCCAUGUAAUUCCCUCCGAUGGGGUGGCCAUGGUCCAUGAACGCCUGCGAAUUGUGGGCGUGGCCAUGGGGGAUCAGCCCUUCAUCUCGGAGGACGGUAACCUGGUCCUGGUGGCCAACGGAGAAAUCUACAACUACCUGGAACUGGCGGCGGAUAUCGCGAAGCGUCGUGGCACUUACAAGCCGAAGAGCGAUUGCCAUGUGAUCCUCGAGCUCUAUCAGGACUACGGUGCUGACCUUCUGCAGUACAUAACCGGAAUGUUUGCCUUCGCUCUGUACGAUAGGAGGACCAAGGAGGUCCUGAUUGCCAGGGAUCCCUUCGGCAUCAUACCAAUGUAUGUGGGUGAGGAUAAAGCGGGAAAUCUCUGGGUAUCCUCGGAGAUGAAGUGCCUGGUCGAUACCUGUCCCAAAGUGGAAACCUUCACGCCUGGCGAAGCACGAUUCGGAAAGGUUGGUGAACUGAAGACAUGUUGGACGUUCCAGCAGCCAUGGAUCAAGGAAGUGCCCAACCAGCCCUGCAACCUGGCCCUGCUCCGCUCCAUUUUUGAGUCGGCGGUGCGAAGCCAUCUCCAUUGCGAUGUGCACUUUGGUGCCCUUCUUUCCGGCGGUGUGGACUCCAGCUUGGUUGCUUCGAUAGCCACCAAGAUUAUGCGGGAACGGGAUCCAAACUACAGGCUGAAAACCUUCUCGGUGGGUCUGCGGGAUGCCCCGGACUUCAAGGCUGCGCGCCACGUGGCCAAGUACAUCGAUAGCGACCACAAGGAGAUCAUCUUCGAGAUUGACGAGGCGCUGGACGGGAUCAGGGAUAUCGUGUACCAUCUGGAAACCUACGACGUCACCACUGUGCGGUGCAGUCUGCCCAUGUUGCUGCUGGCCAGGUACAUCAAGAGCACUGGUAUCAAGAUGAUCCUGUCGGGCGAGGGUGCCGAUGAGAUCUUCGGAGGAUACCUCUAUUUCCACAAGGCUCCCAACUACAAGGACUUCCACGAGGAGCUGGUGAAAAGGGUUCAACAGCUACACCUAUCAGACUGCCUACGGGCCAACAAAGUGGCCAUGGCCAAGGGGGUGGAGCUGAGGGUGCCCUUCCUGGACACAGGAUUCGUCAACCAUGUGAUGCAGAUCAGACCGGAGGAUAAGAUUCCUGGACCUCUCAACCAGUACGGCGGAGAGCAGCAGAAGCGUCUGGAAAAGUUCAUCCUGCGAGCUGCCUUUGCGGACAACUAUCUGCCGGACGAUGUCCUGUGGCGGCAGAAGGAGCAGUUCUCGGACGGUGUGGGCUACGACUGGAUCGACAGUAUCCGACGGGUGGCCACCGGUCAUGUGACCGACGAGGAGUUUGCAGGAGCAGCUCUCCGGUUUCCAUUCAACACUCCAACCACCAAGGAGGCGUACUAUUAUCGCAGCAUUUUCGCCGAGCAGUUUCCCGGGGAAUCGGCUGCCCGGACCGUUGUGAGGUGGGUGCCACGGCUCGAUUGGGGCUGCCCAGAGGAUCCUUCCGGCAGGGCCCAGGCUGUCCACCAGGUUCACAAAGACUGAAAAUUCCCGAAAUUUUGUUAAUAGCUUAACGUUUAGUUUAGUCAGGCCGAAUAUUUGCCGAUCCAUGCACAAAUAAAUUACUUUAUUUACUUGGUAAUCAACUUGA